UUUCGCUACCCUGAUUUGUACGUAAGCACUUCUAUCAAAGUUAUACUAGUUACUAGCAUCGUUCCGAAGGCUCGCGACACCAUGGAUAAGUCAUCAAAGAAUGAUUUUAUCCAAGCAUACCUCGACCGUCAGAAAGUCUAUGUACAUUCAUAUUCUUCAAUCGAUCCCCCCUCAAAAAUAACCAACGGGACACCGACAAGGGCGCGUGAUGAAGAAACGAAAAAGCUGAAAUUUGGGUUCGACACGCCUAUACUCGUUCCCCGUGUGGCUGGGCUUAAUAUCCUUAGUACGGACAAGCGCUCGGUCGUAGGGCUUCCCACCAAGGCAACGCAAAAGACCCGAAAGACUCAGAAGGCACUUAAUGUUGAAACUUCUAUAAAGGAAAACAAAGACUCAGUGCGUGCACCGCUCAUAACCGCUCGACGUGAUUCAUCCAAGCGGAAGCGUAAGAAGGCGGAAGUCCCAUUUGGUUCCGACGAAGAACGGGAGGCUAGACUGAGCGAGCGUCGAGAACGGAAACGCGUAAAGCGUGAUAUCGUGAAACCUAAUACCAAUAUUGCAGUGCAUGUUAGCCCAUCAGCAAGUGAAAAGGAAUAUAAGAAAGUUGCUCGUAAAAAGGGAAAGAAACAUUCGGGCACUGCAGGUCUCGCACUCUUGCACGGAUUCUCAGCGACUAAUGUCGGUAAAAACCGCCUCACGUUAAAACCAUUGGCUUCUCUCGGAGUGUUCAACAAGGGGAAAUCAUCCGCCAAGACGAAGAUAUACAAAACGAAGGAGCCAGCCCAUAAAUUAUUUUCGGAAAUAGCGUUUCUCAACAAAACCGUGACAACCAAGCAAUACGAAUCUCCGGUGGAUGAGUCGGUUGUAUCUGACUCUUCCUCUCGACCACCAUCUGCUGUGAAGAAGAUCAAGAUCACGAAUCAUCGCAAAGACAGGAAAUCGACUCAAUCCACAAGCAACCAUUCUGCGAGUCCGGACCUUCCUAGGGGAAGUACAGCUAUAUCAGAGCCUUGGGAUAUCGAGCUUCAAAGCAAAUGUCCUUCUUCAGACGGUUUUUGUCCUCAGCCAGGCAAAUCCAUAACCGGAACGCUAGUACUUGAUCCCCGUAUGGCCAAUUGGCACGAUCAAGAGCUGCCAUCCGAGGGCCAGGUGAUACAUUCUUCCCUCAUAAAAACACCCGUGAAGGAAAUGUCUCAUGACUGUAUACCCGACGAAAUCUUGUCAUCGGUUUCAGCGUCUGUCAUCGCGACCAUCUAUGAUCUCGACGGUGGAUCGUCUAUCCAUCCCUCUCAUUCCGCAUCUCAGGUUGGCCUCAAACGACUUGGCCGUCUGAACCCUUCUGUCGAGCUUCUGACAUCAAAGUAUUUUGCCGUGCAUGACACGGAGCAUGUGUCACCGACGUUCGAUCAACCACAUCCUAUAACUAACUCUUGUGGUGUGAUAUCGGGCUGCAAUCCGCGUGACGCACACCUCUCUGUUUCUCACCCGCACGACACGAGCACAACGCGUCGCGCCGCUCCUUUGAAUGUUAUGGUCGACAGCAGUCCUUUACGUAUCCAUGGUAUCCCCGAGGAGCAUUUUCUUCCCUUAGCUGACGACCUCAUGCCAACUUAUCGAGGUCACUCUAUCACACAGUAUAGUCGCUCAAACGAGGAUGUCAUUUCGGCAUGGUAUGCUCCAGACGCAUGUACCACCAACUUCUUUGGAGGGGACUCUGGCCAUGAUGAUGAUGAUAUUCGAGACCAAGACCUGGUAUAUCUGGAACCUCCGCAUCUUGUCGAUGAACCCAGCUUCUACUCUCUGGUGCAGGCCUACUCGAGCGACGGACUGCACGAUAUCUCAGCGGAUGAAAUGGUCGUACUUGACGAGCCAUGUCAAGGUCUUAGGAAGCUCAUCGAGUAUACGCAAGAAGUGGAUGACUACGAAGACUCAGACCUCGCGCUGGAACUAUCUUCAUUGCAUCAUGAUUCUUUCUCGUCACCCACCCGCUCUCACGCGACAGCCGAGGCAUAUGACGAUGAUUCCUGCUCACUGCGCCCGUUCUUGCAAGGUCGUGCGAUGUUACUUGGCAUUCCCCCGUACGUUCCGCCUUGGCACGAUCCGCAUGACCAUGAACACACGAAAUUUGGGAGUGGUUUGUUAUCAGCUGAGGUGGAUGUUGCAAAACGCUUGAAAGACCAUUGGCGGCCGCAUAGAUUAUGAUAGUUGAAGGUUCGAGCAGAUAAUUUUCCACAUGUGUACGCUACUGGUAUGGAGUCCUUAUAUAACCUGUCA